AUGAUAGAAAACAGUUUCUCAAAUGAUUACACUGUGGAAUAUUUCACCAUUUACAGCAGGAAAAAACAUCUCCUAGUUUCUAUCCAUCCAAUUGAAUCCAACAAAUUGAGCUUGCUGCAGAUCCUAUCAACCAAAAAAGUGAUCAUAGUUACUUUAGCUACAUGUCUGCUUUUAGCUUCAAAAACCAUCUGCCACAAUGAAUCAUUAAUGACCAGUUUGCGGACUAAAGAAGAAAACAGUGAGAAAAACUCUUCUGAGUCCAAUGAAGACCUUAUAGAAGAAAAACAGAGAAGUGUGAAUCUUGAAGAACUGAAAGACUGGGAACUGAAGAACAUAGUUAAGAUGAGUGGACCAGCUGGGAAGGUAGUGCCAAGUUCAAUGGCUAAUUUGCCAUUGAGAUUUGGCCGAAACUUCCUGGCAAGAAGAAAUAUCAAACCUACAGCCAAUCUGCCCCUCAGGUUUGGAAGGGCUUUUAGACAUUUCUCACACAGUUUUGAGAAAGAUCCUUCAGUUCAAACUUUCUUCCAUUCGCUACCAGAGAAAUUUGGGAGAUCCUUUCUUUUCAAUUUGAUUCAAGGCACCCAGGAUUGUGACCAAAUAAAAAAUAGUUUUACUUGUGUGAUACAGACACUGCGCAGUUUUCAAGAUCCGGUUGUUGAACAGCAGCAGCAACUAACCCACAAACUGCAGGCAACUGGUAGCACGUGGCAAGCUUUUGUUUAUCCAGAAGCACCUGGAGAAGUGGUGGGGGAACAAGGGGAACAUACGCUUUAUGAAAGAUACCUCUAUGCCCCACCCACCCCCAAGAAGGAGAAGAAGAAAAAUGAUUAA